UGAUAAUCUUUCCCGUCACCCCUCCGUUCCGUCUUCCCUCCUAUACCAUAAAACGUAACCAAGAAAACGAAGGAGAGAAUCACAAUCAUUAUGUCAACAUUCGCUUUUGUCAACUCUAGCGAGAAGGUCCCCGGUAAUGGAAUCCUUCCUGCCGAAUUUACAAUAAAGGCCUCUCCGGCCACGGAUGUAUGGUCGAAACCUCCAUCCACGGAAAGAUUCAACGCUCCGAUUCUAUACCGGAGCGUUCCGUUGAACUCAUUUAAGCGGGCGAGGGUUGCCUUCAAUGCCUUCUGGAAAGACAAGUACGACCAGGGUGGACUCAUCCUUGUUCUGAACAGCGCUGAUGGUGCUCGGAGAUGGGUUAAGACCGGUAUCGAGUUCACCCACGGUAAACCCCAUCUGAGCACUGUUGCAAAGGAUAGAUACGCGGACUGGAGUUUGCAGCCGGUCCCAUCAGGUGGUGGAGCAGCGACACUGGAAAUUGUCAGAGAACCAGACAAUAGUCUGUGGAUCUAUCUAGUCGAGGGUGUACAGAAGAAUCCUCUGCGGGAAAUUACUUGGUUCUUCGCGGAUCAAAAUGUUCAAGAUCUCUGGGUGGGAUUAUAUGCAGCCAAGCCUUCUAAGGAGGGUGAGGAUCUGGUGGUCAAUUUCGGACAUCUGAUCAUUGAUACUGUUUAAUCUCGCAAGUAAAAAGGUGUGUGGUUCGACAUAAAGCGUUACUUUUAUUAGACUGGGCGGAGGUAAAUUGCCUUUUCAACGAUGAAGUUGUUUAGACCUUGGUCUACUUGCAAUAUGAUGGACAUAGAAGUGUUGAGCAAUAUUUAUAGUAUCAUCAUCAACUUGUACCCAAACUUCAAGUGAUAUAAUCCAACUUUAUAGAGGAUAGAGUAAUCAUUUUAACACAAUGGACCAAUUCUUAAUUUGGAAGU